GGACCAUAUCGGAGACAAGAAAAUUGAUCUCGUGUGGAAUUUGGGAUUUGGUGACACGGCGAGUUUUGUUACUCUCGCGUUGAUGGGUGCCCGUUUCCACCAACUCACCCUGUUAGGCAAUGAUCCAAUGUUCACUAUGUCUUUCGCGGGGGGAUUGGCUGCCCGACAAGUGUUAUUCGAGCUGUCGCCGUUUUCAGCACAACAUUGGCUGGAUGCGUUGCCUGGCUCCCAUCUAUUCCCAUUCACACUUCACGACAGCAGCGAGACGAUGCUACAGUUCUUGGCACCCAUAGGGUCCUGCGCGGGCGGUCCAUUCCGUUUGCUGUUUGCCAAUGAACCCCUGGCCUUCACCGCGGAUAUGUUUUUGCGUUUAACGUUUAUAGCCCUGGCGGGGAUAUACGUGUUGCAAUGGUACCUCAUCCUAACCAGCAAGGCAAAAGACGAACAGGCCACCACACCAUCGCAGACGCUGUCACGGUAUCUGUUGUGUGGCGUGGGACUGAUUUUGGCGUUUGUGUUGGCGAGAUAUUCCUUCAACGGCAUCAACUCAGAGUACUCCGCCCUUCUCUUCCUGGGACUUCAGGCCACCCUGUUGGAAUCGUUCCUCCGACUGCACGCAGUAAGAGGUUAUGCCGAACGUACUCUGAACUGGCUCUGUUUCGUAUUCCACUAGUGCAUUUGGGAUCUAAGUAUAAUAAACAUGAAUAAUACAAG